GAUGUCUGCAGAAAGAUGGCUAGCUAUUUGUCAUCCUCUAAAAUCGAGAAACGCUAUCACUUUAUCCAGAACCAAAGUUGUUAUAGUUGUAGUUUUCGCUAUUUCCGUACUCUUCAAUAUACCAGUUUAUUGGCGAUAUAAGAUGAAAACGACAGUAGAGUGUGGUCGAAGUAUGGUAACUGUUGCAGAGGCGAAGAUCAUAAGCGACAAAUUUGAACAUUCCUACCGGAUUGCCUGGGCAGUUUUUGGUAAUAUUUUCCCGUUGUUGCUGCUCCUAUUGUUUAACGGCGCUUUGAUGCGUCAAAUCCAUAAAUCAUACGCGAUGAGGAGAUUAAUGAAGAACAUGACUGGGAAACGGCAAUCGGAGAGUGACGCUAGUAGACGUAUUACACUGACGCUUGUUUCAAUCGUCGUCAUGUUCUUCAUUCUCGUUGCUCCAAGUGAUGUUGCUAAGCAUGUCACACUGCUUGUCGAAGAAGAACUGACAAUGAACUUUACAUACAAAACUAUCGAAUUGAUUACUAACGUCAUGCAGACUAUCAACUUUUCCGCCAACUUUGUUCUCUAUUGCAUCAUUAACCCGUCUUUCCGAAGAAGUAUGACAUCAAGAUUCGGUUGCCGAGAAUUCGAAACGUCAGAGAUGGCUCCAACUUCUUUUAGGAUGUAUAAUACCAAUCCGAGGUCAAGGUCGACUCGUAGCCUUCUUGACUAA